GCGUUUGCCGACGGGACUUCCCAUAUUAGGCUGCAGCUUCCUGUGACAGCCCGGCGCCUCAUGAUGGUGUGCAUUUCGAGCGUGUGGCUGCGGUGCUCCGUGUUUGCCGCGCGCCUCCAGAAGGACUGUGGUGGGUGUAUUUUAGCAAGCCUUUCAGGCAGGUACUACAGCACCAAGACGGCACGUCAGAUACCGGGCAUGGAGUACCAGGAUGCCAUUUGCACUCUGAACACACUACAGACCAACGCUAGCUCUCUGGAGGAGGUACGCCGAGAGCGGGGCAACCCUCAGUUGCAGCUCCAGGCCAUGAGAGGAUUCCUGGAACGAGCCGGCCUAACAGUGGAAGAACUAGACCAUCUCAAUAUCAUUCAUGUGACGGGAACAAAGGGCAAGGGGUCAACCUGUGCGUUCACUGAGCACAUUUUAAGAAGUUAUGGUUUCCGCACUGGAUUUUACAGUUCCCCACAUUUGGUUCAAGUCAGGGAGAGGAUUCGGAUCAAUGGCCAGCCCAUCGGGAAAGAGCUCUUCUCCAAAUACUUCUGGCAGGUUUAUGGACGGCUGGAUGAAACUAAGGAUGCCCAUGGAGGGACGAUGCCGGCAUACUUCCGUUUCCUCACCAUCUUGGCCUUCCAUGUGUUUCUUCAGGAGAAGGUGGAUUUAGCUGUAAUUGAAGUUGGGAUUGGUGGAGCAUAUGACUGCACCAACAUUAUAAGGAGGCCGUGGGUGUGUGGCAUCUCGUCUCUGGGUAUAGACCACACUCAGAUUCUUGGAGACACCGUUGAAAAGAUCGCCUGGCAAAAAGGAGGCAUCUUCAAGCCAGGAGUGCCUGCCUUCACAGUCAAACAGCCAGAAGAUGCGACCGUUGUGCUGAGGAACAGGGCCAAAGAGAUAAGAUGUCCUCUGUGGGUGUGUCCAGACCUGGAGGACUACCAGACCGAUUGUGGCCCAUUGCGUCUGGGCCUGGCAGGGCAGCACCAGCGGUCCAACGCCUCCCUGGCCCUCCAGCUGAGUCACACUUGGCUGCAGAAAAGAUGUCUACCAGAUAAAAGCUUUUCCUCCACCAGUGUUGAGAACACAGGUGUACUUCAAGCGACUACCUUCAAGCCCAGUCCCAUCAUGAUAAAAGGGCUGGCAGACACGGAGUGGCCUGGGAGGAAUCAGACUCUGAAACACGGAGCGGUCACCUACUUCUUGGAUGGAGCUCACACCAUGCGCAGCAUGCAGGCCUGCGUAGACUGGUUCAGAGAGACUGCAGCCCAGCAUGAAAGCAAUGCAAGUGGACCUGUGGCCCGAGUUUUGCUGUUCAAUGCCACAGGAGAGAGAGACUCCUCAGCCCUGAUUAAACUACUGGUGCCAUGCCAUUUUGACUUUGCUGUGUUCUGUCCCAACAUCACUGAAGCCAUCGCUUCUUGUAAUGCAGACCAGCAGAACUUCAAUGUCUCGGUGGAGAACAUGUUGACUCGCUGCUUGGACAACGAGAGGAGCUGGCAUCUCCAUAACUGCCUGGGGGAGAAUAAAGGUACCCAGCUGCUCAUUGAGGACAGCCUGCCUCUUGGCUCUGAAAAGAGAGCAGACAGCCUGGUGUUCCCCUGCAUCCUCAGUGCCCUCCAGUGGAUCACCCAGGGCAGGGAUUCACUGCUGGGAGACCCGGCCAAGAGAGUCUUAUUGGUCAAACCCAGCGUCAUGGCCAAAGCUGUUCCGCUCCGCGAUGCAGCCGAGAUCCACAUCCUCAUCACUGGAAGCCUCCACUUGGUGGGAGGAGUACUCAAACACCUUGACCCAGCUUCUUCCAAGUAAACAGAUCAUGUGAGAUUUGUGAAUUCAAAACAGUUGAAAUAAUGGGAUGCUCUUCUGACGUGUGCAUUUACUGUUGGAAGAAUAGGAUUUCUGUCUGUUUUAGCUGAGGUUUUUGUGGUACUAGCUUCCUGGACAGUGACUUUAGCUGUUGACUUUAGGAACCCGUACGUUUGGACCAAGGCAGCUCCACGUCUCACAACAUCCCCAGUUUCACCCAGAGCCUUACAGAUGGCUGCACAAAUGUGUGGAGCUAAUGUCUUUAGUCUUACUUGAAGCCAAAUGUUUACAAAGUGUACAUUCAUGUACAACACAAUGUAAGCUAACUGCGUGUCGGUGAUCAUCCAUGCCCCCAGAAUGAACCAGUGGUGUGAUGGUUAUUACAUGACAUUUAUGUAAAGGUUGUAGAUUAAUGGCAG